GUUCUUCCGCGCAGGCGCGGCAGUGUGGCGCAUGCGCGCCUCUGCUUUCCGACUGUAAUGGCCGCCCUGCUGUGGCAACUCUGUUCUUUUAAUUUUUCUUCACCGACAACAGUCAAUGCAGAAAAUAAAUCUCAGUUUUUGGACCUCAACCUAGCAAACAAGAUGCUUAUGAAUUACCCACGACCGUGAGCUGCAAAAAUCAAUUUAUUCUUUCUGUUCCCGACAACUGUAUGAAUCACCAGAUGCAGAAGGAAAAAGAAGUUGUUCCGGAUUGCAGUUCUACCACUGGCUUGGGAAAUAUUCCGGCUAAACAAGAACAUGAAUCUCUUUUGAAUCAAGGGGACAAGCAUAACCUGGGAUUAAGGGGGAAAAUCUCCCCCAAACCUUUAAUAUGGAGGACACCUCAAGCAGCCAGGAGAAGUUGUAAUGCAAGCUUUAAGUCUCCAGUUCUUCCUCCGAGGAGCUGUCAGCCUCCAGAUAAAAACAUUUUGCAGCACGAAGUCGAAGAGCUAAAACGCAAGGAGCUUGCUGUGGAUCAGGAAAUAGCACAACUCAAGGCUGAAGGAUACAAUCUGGAGGAACUGGAAAACCACAUUACUCUGCUUCAUGAAUACAACGAGAUCAAAGAUGCCGGACAAAUGCUUUUAGGCAGAUUGGCUGCAAUCAGGGGUGUCACCACCAAAGACCUCUACCCUGAAUUUGACCUGGACCUUAAUGAUUAGGAGGAAUGUAAAACGUUGACACACCACCUAGAAUGUGGAAAUAUAAUACGUGGUGAAAAGGUAACCACUGUUAAGUUCAUUAUCCCACCUCAAAAAAAAUGUUAAUGAAACAAUAGCUUUAAUUUGGGGAGCAAAAAAAUAAUAAUCAUUUAAUGGAUGGAUAAGCUGUUGGGCUUAUUACUGCCAUUUUGAGGUGGAC